UGCGGUGCUCCCCUCAGGACCGGGUCCUUAAAAAGUGCUCGACAAGGAGCACCUAAAGAAAUUCUUCUGUGGAUUAAUUAUUGGUUAAAAGAUGGGAGCCAAAGCAGGCAUAAAUAGGGUUUUCAGCAGAGGGAGAGAGUGUUGCACGUGGGUCCCAAAGGCUUCUCUGUUCGUAAGUGUAAGUGUCCCAAGAAAGGAAACAGAGCAAGGCCGUGGAGCUGCAGGCAGGAGCAAAUUCAAGGUGAUGGCUGAAGUGCCUUGAAAGAAUCGUGUGGAAAUAAGUGGGAGGUGAAGUGACGAGAAGUUCAACACACAUAAAUGAAAGGGUAUACCUGUGUGGAAAUCCGCCUUCACUAUACUUACUGAUUGAUUUUAUUUGUACAAUGACAGUAAAGAGAAAGAAGAAACAAAUUCAUGAGGAACCUGCACAGAAAAAGAAAAGAGUGAAACGUAGUGGGAGUCAGACUAUCAUUAAUAUUGAGAAAGGUGUUCAGAGUGUCAUUAAAGCAGGAGAUGAUGACUGGUUUGAGACAAAAACAAAGGCCAGGAAAAAGGAAAGUUUAAAAGAAGAUGAAUGUUUAGACCAAUUAAAUCUGAAGAAGAAAAACAAAAAAAGGAAAGUUGGCUCUGAAUUACCAAAAGAAACACGUUCAGAAAGCUUUGUGAAUGUAGAAGGCCAUCUGGAUUUAGAACAACAAGAGGAAUCAGAGGAACAAAUUAAAGUUUUCAAAAAGAAGAGAGAAAAAGAUCGACAUCGUGCCUCCUCCUCACUGGAGAGUAAUCACAGUAGUCAUGUGGAGCUUUCAAAUCAUUAUACAGAUGGUACUCAGGGAAAUGAACUUUUUUUCAGAAAAAGCAGAAAGAAUGUCACUUUGAAUUUGAAAUUGGAUAGUGAAGUAACUAAGAAAAAAAAGAAGAAAGAUGUUUUUUCUUUAGCAUUAGAGGACAUCCAGGACAAUGAAUAUAAACAUUCUAAAAAAGACUGUAAAAAAACAAACACACGCAUUUCAGAAGAAAAAGCUGUUACUGAUGAAAGUCAUAGAACAGAUAUUACUCAGAGUGAUGAGGAAGGUUGUAUGAGAAGAAAGAAGAGGAAGAAAAAGAAAAAGAAGUCCGACUCCUUUUUACCUCCAGCAGGUAAUCAAGGCAUCUGUGGAGUUCAUGAUAGACCCAUUGCAUUAAGUGACUUCAGAAAAAGACAAAAAAAGGAAAUUACAUUCACAGAUAAAGAGGAAGAAGACACUACUGAGAACUCUGAAAGUAUCAGAGAGACCAAGAAGAAGAAGAAAAACAAGAAAAGCAAAGACAUUUUCUCCUUAAUGUGUGAAGAUAAACAAGAAGUUGAGUCUGAGCAGAAAGAGAUAUCUGGAAAAAAAUGCUGGAAGAAUAACAAGGAUAAUAGUGAAGUAACCAAGAAGAAGAAAAAAAAGAAGAUGCAAAAGGACAAGGAAACAACUUACUCGGAAGUUUCUUUAAGCAAUGACAACACAUCUAACAGCCAAAAAAUAACGCUAUUAGAAAGCAACAAAAAGAACAAAGAGAGUGAAAUGAAGCUAGCUGAAUGUGUCACAGGGGACAUUGUAGAUACGGUAUUAUGCAAUUCCAAUCACAUGCUCUGUGACAAAAAAAGGAAAAAAAGAAAAAAAGUACCCCAGGACUCUGCAGAAGAAUCAGGUUCAAAAGCAAAUAUAAAACAGAAGAAGAUCAAAGGAGAAGACAUGGGAAAUGAGGCAUCGGAAUAUAUGGAUGAUGUAACUAUUGUGCAGGAAAAAAAAGGAAACUGUGAUGAAGUUAAUAUAGACAAGGCGAGGCGGCAGGCUCUACAAGAAGAAAUUGAUAGAGAAUCUGGAAAAACUGAAGUUUAUGGUUCCAAAAUGCAAACGGAUACAAAGAUUGGCCAGUGGAGUACAGCUGCUUUUCAAAGUUCUGAGCGAGGAAUGAAAUUUCUUCGACUGAUGGGUGGUUUUAAAAAGGGCUCUGCACCUACCCAAGAUCUCUCAGCAACUACAAACAAACUGAACAUGGCUCUGAACAAGGAAGGGGAGGAAAAAUUACAGCAGGCUCUGAAGAUGGAAUUUGAUAAAGCAAUGGACUUGAAACAACAUAGAAGAAUCGGUCUUGGAUUUCAACCUGCUGCCAACAAAAAAGUGUACAUAGACAAAUAUACAUCUAGAUCUAUAAAAUUUGAAGAUUAGAACUCUGAAGUAAUAAAAGGAAUGAAAAUUCAAUGGGUAAAUUUCUUUUCACUUUUCACAUUUUUUUAACUUGAAAUAAAAUUUGAAAUGUUCAACAAAUUUGACGUAAGGCUUUUUAGUACAAGUUUUCAGCUGAAUGCUCCAGAUUAUGUGGAGAUGGGUCCUCACUUGAGCUCAACAGUAAGUUUUUGAAACCUUUACAAUAUUUUCUGCAGUCAAGACCCAGCCUCCCUCAAAGACUGAAGAUACAUGGACAAUGCCUACAAAAAGUUGAAACUUUUUUUUUUUUUAAAAAUGCUGAUUUCAUGGGCUUAUUUUUAGCUGCAUCUUUGUGAUUCAGAAGGAUUUUAGCAUUCUGUGAAAUCUUCACAUUGUUAAACUCAAUGGGUGGUUCAAAGUGAUGGUUUCUUACUUUGAAGAAACACUACUGGUAUGCCUACAGAUUUGGUCGGGGAAACAACUCUGAAAGUGGUUUCUUAAAUAUUAGUAUCUUCAAUAUAAUAACAAAUACUGUUGAACAUCCUGUUUAUUUUAACUGUGCAGUUUGAUUUUUCAAGAAGCAGCUGUUAUUUGUAAAUAGAGCUAAAUGCAUUGUAGAUAGCAGCACCAAAUAUAUGGAUCUAGGCUUUCUAAAUUAUAGAAAGCAAGGUAAUUUUAAUAAUAUGCUUACUGGGUUCAGUAUAAAUCAGUUUGAAUGAAAUUUCUAAUCUUCAGACUUCCAGACAACCUGCACUCUGACUUUAGGAGUACAAAGUAUGAGAGUGCAUUUGUGUAUGUUGUGUUCAGAACUUUAGGGUCCAAAGCAGUCUUGGUGUCUUGUGGGAAGUUACAGAGAUAGUGGAAAACUGUCACAUAUUUUGUCACUGUGUGCCAUCUGUUACAGGAGCUAGUGUUCCCUAAGUUUUGGUGUAGUUCUCGUUGUUGAGCAGGACCAGGUGACCAUCUCGUGUCUAUUCCUGCUGUAGUAAUAGUGGCCUCCUUGCAGGGGAACCCCCCUAUGCCCCAGCUCAGGUUAUUCUCUCUAGUUAGCCAGCUCACUGUUUUCCUGCAGUUACCUAUUCUUUUUCAUAAGAUCACGCCUACUAAUCUGGUACUUUUCUUGUUCUAAAGCAACCUUACUUUCCACAAUAGCCUUUUCAAUUGGACUGCUCUGCCUGAAAGCAGCUGACUCCUGGGAGAAAAUACACUUGCAAAACAGCACUUGUUCCGGUGCAUUUUGGGCAACUCCUAAGGGGAAAUUAAAAAUCACACAGAGGCUCCAGCAUAAGCAGUUGCCAUGAAUUCUCUCCCAUACCUGAGAAGGAGAUGCUGAACCACUUCCUACAGGCUUGGCUUCAAGGAAACCAUCACCUUUAAAGUGUUAUUUAAAACCACCACUAUGACAGCAUGAGCCUGAUUUGCACCAGUACUUCUCAAAGCUGUGCGACUGGCAUCAGCCAGCCUUUCUAGGCUUCAGCUGUUGCUUUGCCUCAAGUAGUGGAGGCUCUGUUUUCUGAUUUAAGACAAAUGCUGAAUUCUGGCCCUCAACUGCUUGCCUAGCAAAGAAAUAGUUAUAAAGGAACAGGUAGGAAAAUUUCAACUAAUGACUUCCUUUGAGAAGAGUGGGACAGGAGAGCACAUACAGAUUUCUGUUGCAGUGCUAGUCUUGGAUAUGUAGCGACCAGUCUUCUUGCAUUGCCACCAAUGAAGAUGCUGAAGGUGGUGAUAGUCCUGGACUUGCCUUUGGAGGAGAACUUCUUUCCCCCCUUUGGGAUCAUAUCAUGUAUAAAGGUAUUGCUCAACUUUCUGGCACCUUGCUCUUGAUAACAUUGUGCACGUGAAAACAUCAUAGUUUGAAAAACAAGACAGACAUCUGGGGAAAAAUAACCUGUGCAAGCAGUCAAACUUGCUUUAGCCUGCAUAUUUAAUAUAUACAGAAGAUCAGGUCUAUAGUGAGCGGAGUGCUUUAACUAGAAUUAAUUUUGCUCUCACAUGGAAGUAAGCCAAAAGCAGUUGAUUAGAGUGGCGGUGUUAGCUUCUAAGCUAGAUGUUUUGCGUUUUCUCCUGAUAACUAGAGCCUUCUGGAUGUCAUUGAGCUAUUUUUGCACCAAUAAAAACAUCAGUAAAACAUUUGAAAGCAUUUCUCAUGGCAGUCUUACAUCAAUAAAUGAAGUUAUACUGUGCUCAAAAGACAACAGGCAAAAAUUGGUGUCUGUAUGGUGAAAAGGAACAGCUGGGCCAUUUAUAAGCCUGCUCUAAGAGUUUCCAUUCUACAGAAUCUCCAUACUGGGUUUGUAGCAGGACAUUUGCCCCGGAGGGCAAUUUCUGCCAUACAACCGCUUCUCAGUGUGACCCACCUGGCUGUUUAGACAGCUCACAGUUUAAUACCACUUACCCGGUUUGUGGGUUAAGUUCAACAGGAAGAAUCGGCCACGUGCUGUUGAAGGUUGUUUUGUGCAGCUGCAGCAAGAAGGAAAGCUAAAUUAAACUGAGGCAUGAUAAUACGUGCAGUACUGCCAUAUCAUUACGUGUGUGCACUAUACAGAAUUAUCUAAGGAAAGCCAGUAUAAUUAAGAUGGACACUACAAGUCGGAAAGGUUCUCUAUUGAGUUGAUACUACUUCAUAAUUAUCUUGUGUUUCUGCAAUUUUACUCUGCAUAUAUAUACAGAUACACAUAUAUAUAGUUUGUACAAGACUACGUUACCAAAGGGUCCUAGUUCAGUUCCUUACAACUUUGAACACAAAAUGCAUAUUUCAUACGUACCUUCCUUCAGUAGCCACUGAAGAGAUGAAAACCAUACAACAAGAACGAGGUAGUAAUUUGGGUGGUAUUUAUUAACAGCCUGCUAACUCCUUGAAUAUACGGUUCUAGCAAAAUUGAUUAUAUGUUUAACCUUAACAAAAUAAAACAUUUUUGUGCAAAUAUACAUCUCAA